AUGUUUCUGGACGGCGAUAGCAGCGAAGAGCGCAUCAAGUGUCUGAAGGCCACUAUUUCUGGUGACAUUGAUUCCCUCACCAACGCCCACAAUAUAUUUCGAGCGUACUCAUAUAUGAGUGAACGAUUCACUCAAAGCAACCAAACGCCUAGAUAUGCAUGGCCCGCAUUCAUGAUAGCCCAACAGAACGUCCUAGGCAAAGACUACCGGCAGCUUACGGCAACUUUGGAGCAUUCUAGCAUUGAUGAAGCGAAGGCGUUUGAAGCUCUCACACAGAUUGUGAUCCUUAUACGGUUGAUGACUGGAUUGGAACAUGAACUUGUGCCUUUGAACCGCGAAGCCAUGGAACAAGCACGCAUCGAGCCAUUUGAGGCGACAGAGCUGUUUUAUGUCGGGCAGGAGGCAACCACAAUAGGAGAAAUCGUCACUUCGAUCAGCCGCCAGUUCAAUCGUCGGACACAGGUCAAGCAGGUGGUUGCGGUACCACUCUUUGCUGACUGGCUGGCUACCGAUGCCGGAAGUAUCGAAUUGGCGACGGUGGAGCUCAUGUUGACAUGA